UCUCAACCUCGCACACCAUGUCCCACGGCUACAGACAAGAUAUGCCCCCGUCCGGGGGGUACGAAACCCUCAAGUACAAGCGUAAUCUCCCUCUCCGAGGUCCUUCUGGUGCCGUCAUCUUUGGCAGUGUGUUUGCUAUCUGCACCCUUGGAUUCUACCGACUCGGACAAGCCAACAACGAGCGACGUGAAUUGAAGCGCGAAAAGGCCUGGUCCAGGAUCAAUCUUGUGCCCUUGCUCUUGGCGGAGCAAGACAGAGAUGCGUACAGACGUGAACAGGCGGCCCUGGCGAGGGAGAAGGAGAUCAUGUCAGAUUAUUCCGGGUGGGAGGUGAGUCUUAAUUUCCAUGUGGAGUAGACGUGAGAUGAGGCUGGAGAAGCAGGGCUUGCCGGCAAGCGGGGCAUGUAGGCUUACAGAUGUCUUAGGCUGGCAAGAGCUCCUACAACACCAAGCGAUACACACCAAACACUAUCGUCGUUCUCUAGGGCUGGUUCGAGGGAUAGUGCUUCGCGUUGUACCGAAGAUGUAUUAGCAUUGCAUAUUGUCAGGGCAAGACGUGUCGACAUGCGGGUUGUGAGUUGCACCGUCAUGGGAUCAGUGUAUGAGGGGCUUGCUGGUGUCUGGUCCUAGUGAACAGGGAAUCGGUGCGAUACCACUGUCCGGGAGACGAGUGUGUUGCGCUUUUCAGACCUGCUGCCGAUGAUUGUAUACGAGCCCUGGGGUGUUUAGCCGACGUGCAGUGGCUUUGGUUCUCUUACAGUAUUGUGCGGCAGUAGUCGUGGCUCAUGCAUAUGGCCAUGGCAUGCAUAUGAUGCAUAUGAUGGAUGUAGUGGUUA